GUCCCCGACUCCCCGUCCCUCAGUGCGGCUGUGGUAGUGGUCGAGUGAGGGUGUAGUGCUCUGGUUCUCCUCUCACCUACGUUAAUUCGUUGACAAUCCUUCAUAUCCCUUGUGACUGGGGGAAUUUCUCCUAACGCAGCAGAACUCAGAAGAAUAACCCGGAAAAUUGCCAAGUACCCCCUUGAACGCUGCGCCCACAAAGAAAACCAUCCUGAAACUGUGUAUACUGAGUCAACAACUGAAUCAUUCUCCCUCCUGCUGCAGCUGCAUCGGCCAACUACAGCAGUCUUUCACUGAGUUCAGAUCGUAGACGGAUAGGACGAACGCUGCAACAGUAUAAACAGAAAGAGUAGACUCUGCGGGUAGAAGACAAAAACAGCCAAGUCGUUCAGAGACAGAAGCAAACAGUGGACCAACGCCAGGGAAGCAUAAUCAAGAAAACAGACUUUACUACGGGUAGACGGUUUUCCCUUCCACGUUUGAGUGAAGAAACGGCAGAAAAGGACGACCGCCACAGCAUAACGAGCCGGAAAGCAGACUCUACAGGCAGACUGCUUCCUAUAAGACAGCUUUCUCAACCGCCUAAGAUCGUGAGCUGCGAGGAGAGGACGCAGGCAGCGAUGAGGUCGUCGGUCGCUGUGCCUCGCAGGAAGAGACCUCAGGCGUCAGCAGGGGUGCUGAGGAAGUACCGUCGCCUGCGUCGUCGACGGUCGCUUCGCCAGGAGUAUAAGAAGCUGAGGUCACUCCUCCCGGGUGCCGCCAGAGCGCCCCAGCUACGCCGGAAGGUGGGUGUAGUGGACGCCGCCUACCAGUACAUCUGUGAGCUUCAGACUGCCCUCUUGGCCAAGUUCUCUACCAAGGGAGUCCCGGCAGACCUGGCAGGUGUCGUUGGCGGGAAAGUGGCUACAGCCUCGGACGUGCAGGCCUUGGCGCUCCACCUCAUCCAGACCACCAACAUGGCGCCGGCUUUCAUGACGGCGCCCACCCCACGAACAAUGGCUGCUGCCUUCAUGACCACUCCGCCCACCUCCCGUACCAUGACGCCGCGCCUCACCACGCCUCAGAGGGCUGCCACGCCCACCACCAUGUCAUCCUUCCUCAAAGGAGCACCACGAACCAAGUUAUAACCUUACAGCUCGUGGGGGCGUCAGUAAACAUAUACUAUUUAUGCUUUUCGCCAAACUGCAUGACUAUCAUCCUGUUAAGUGAAUAACUUGUGAAAAAAUAACACAAUGGACAGAAACAAUAACACUGAGGAAAAAGUGAAGUCCAACUGAUGCAGUGCGAUUUUUAAAUAAGAAAACUCUUAUUCAUAUUAUGAAAAACUGCGGGAAAACAACUAUGGAACGCUUUAAGAAAAUGUUUGAAAACAUAUAGGUUGAACAGGAAAUUGUUAACUACUGCCCAAAUUUUGUCUAGAGAGAGUGAUGCAUGUGUCAGAGCGUGUCGGGAAGAGAACUGGUUCCCAGUGAAAGUAGAACUACGUCAUGUUGCAUGAGGAUGACGUUCGAGACGAAAACCAAAAUGACCAGAAAGAAACCUUGUAUCCUCCUCGACUCAGUACAGAUGAAUAGAUCAGUGGUCAGCUGUCUCCAAAUCACGUGAUGAAUGAGGUCACUGAUCACUUAAUGACUUAUUACACAAUGUGAUUGCAUUUAAUUUGACGUCAUUGAUCACAUGAUAUUUGAUGUAAUUGAUUAUUGAUGUCAUGAAGCGAUUGACAGACAAGAAAAAUAAAUGUGCCUUAAGGAUAAAAAAAUUUUGAACUUAAAAGGUAAAAAAAAGGAAAAUAGCGAGAAUCAGGAGACUGUACGACACUUGUUCAGCCGUGUAUGGUGAAGAAGCUGUCGUGUAUGUAGCUAAUAGGUGAUACAUUGUUCAAAAUACACAGGAGAGUGUCACUGUAAAGUAGCAGUGAAAGGUGGAAUAUUGUGAGGAACUAGCGAGGUAUGAAAGCUACUCUCCUGGUACAAGCUAGGUGAGAAGUAAUACCUGUAGGUGAAUACUAGUUACUUGUAGGUGUGUACAAGUUACCUGCAGGUGAGUACUAGUUACCUUUAGGUGUGCAGUAGUUACUUGUAUGGAGUACUAGUUACCUGUAGGUGAAAAGAAUUUACCAGUAGAUGAGUACUAGUUAUAUGUAGGGGAGUACGAGUUACAUGUAAGUGAAAACUACUUACCUGUAGGUGAGUACUAGUUACCUGCAGAUGAGUACUAGUUGCCUGCAGGUGACAAGACAGAUUAGCUAGAGGCGCCCUACUAGCAUCCUCCUUCCCCCUGCCCCUCCCUCAUCACCUAGAUAGAGCACUGUGCCAAGAACUAGCCUAGAGGCGUGUCUGUAGAGUAGUGCCACUUGAGCCUUGUUUAUAGAUCAUUGACCUAAGAGCAGUCUACCUUUAGAACACGUCUUGGUGCCGAGUCCCUACAACAGCGUCUCUAUGCCGUGUAGAUGUGGUGGGUGAGGCCCGGGUAGGGGAGGGGGGGUCCUGCCAGACAAUGUGUUAUCAAAACUAGUAUAAAGUGUGUAUGAGGUACGACAGCUUUAAUGGUGCCACCGAGCUUAGUGGGGACGCCAGUUCGAGCCCCCUUCACUCUCUCUCACCCCUUCUGUCCUCCCUCUCCCCCUGCCAUUAUCCCCCUCUUCCGCUUUCCCUUCUGUAUUACACUCAACACUGGUUACUGAGAUGUUUACUUCCCCCUGUGACGUCAUCUUCCAGCCACCAAUCAAGAUACGCCGAAAGUGACGUCAUCCUUCAAUACUCUUUCAUAUUGCAUAAACCAAGGGUAAUGUCAAAGAUCGAGCGCCAAUUAGAAUCAAAAAGCAAAAACCCAAGAGAGCAAUAGGAGGAUGACGUUAGAUCCGAGAACUAUUUCCGAUAAAAAUCCUGCAGCGAUGACGUCAGAAUCUGGGCACCUUAAACUCCAACAAAGAAGAGGCUCCCGAGGAUAAUAAUGAUGACGUCAAAAACAAGAACCAAUCGAAACAAUGAUAAUAAGAACAUGGCGCCAUUUACAGUUAUUCUUUAGCGCUAGUUGAUGAGAUGGGAAAACUAUAGUAGCUCGGUCCAAAGAGCGAGGACCAAUCACAACCAAAUCAACAACACGGACUUGCACUUCACCUUGUAUGACGUCAUUAUGUCAACAAAGAUUGCUAAGUGAUUGAAUUUCUUCAUAUUUAUUUAUGCCUUAUAACCUGUUGUUAACCGGUGUUGAAAAUGUUUUUUGAGUUAAUAAAUGUUUAAACUAACAUAGCGCGAAGGCUGACUAAACCAUCAGGUAGUAGAGAUGUACGGUGACUGUGAUAUUAAGCUUAGUGUGUGGUUCUUACAAACCAUUACAGCUUUAACUUGUAAUGUCUCUCUCUCUAUCUCUGUUUAUCUCAGUUUUAAUAUCCGGAUGCUUCUCUCUCUCUCUCUCCAUCAUCCAUGUGUACCUUUCACCCGACAUGCCAAUUAUAGUCUUGAAUUUCUUUAAAAUAUCUCCAGUUAUUUAUAUUACACUGUUUUGAACAUACUGUACAUAGGUAAGUUAAGUACUAGAGGUAUGCAGGGAAUUAAAUAAUAAAUAUUA